AUGGACUCGACGCGCACCAGGUCGACAGUCACCACCAAGGACGGGAUCACAUGGUAUUACGAACAAGAAGGCUCAGGCCCUCACGUUGUGUUGAUUCCAGAUGGACUGGGUGAAUGUCAGAUGAUGGACAAGCCCAUGUCCCUUAUCGCUGCUGAGGGCUUCACUGUGACGACGUUCGACAUGCCUGGGAUGUCGAGAUCAUCUAACGCGCCGCCCGAAACGUAUCAGGACGUUACUGCCCAGAAGCUGGCUGCCAUGGUGAUCGGCCUGAUGGACCAACUAGACAUUCAAUAUGCCUCCUUCUGGGGCUGCAGUUCUGGUGCACUGGCUGUCCUAGCGCUCUGUGCGGACUAUCCGGAGCGGGUUCGUAAUGGGUUGCCACAUGAGGCGCCGACAUUUCUCAUGGGCCAUAUCGCCGACCUCCUGGCCCAAGACGACUCCUCCAUCGCAGCCAUUACGGCGCGUCACACCAGGGCCGCUUCGGGAAAUGAAGCCGCAUGGGAUGCUCUGGGUGAUGAGGUGCACGAGAGGCUGGGCAAGAACUAUCCUCGCUGGGCCCAUGGCUACAUCAACAAACUGACCCAGUCGGCGCCCAUCAGUGACGACGACCUGCACAAGAGACCGAUCGACUGGACCGUGGGCUCGGGCACGCCCAUGUGGCAGUUCUUCAACAAUGUCGUGAUCGCAACCAAGGCUGGCAUCCCAAUCAAGAUGCUUCCGGGGAACCAUUUUCCCUAUGUUUCGCAUCCAGAGGAUAUGACCAAGUAUCUGGUCGAGACAACCCGAAAGUAUCUAGAGAAUAAGUAG